UGGGGACAGUGUGGGGAAAGGACUGGGCUCACCAGAACUCUGGAGUGGCUACUGGAGUCAUGGGACACCCCGUCUUGGGUGAAUACUGGUGUCACUGGGAGUAGUGUGGGCUUACUUGGGCAACUGGGAGCUCCUGUUGAGUAGGUAUUGUUGUGACUGGGAUCAGUAUGACCAGUGCUGAAGGGCACUGAGACCCUCUAGAGAGGAGUAUUAGGGUCACUGGGACUCUGUGAUGACCACAGGCAUCAUGGGGAUCCCCAACUGUCUGAAUACUGGAGACACUGGGAGCAGCCUGGGGGUCGUGGGGGACCCCCCCUUGUGUAUUUAAUGGAGUCACUGGGAUCAGUAUGGGCAGUACUGGAGGGACAGGAAGCAGGGUUGGGUGAGUGCUGCGGUACCUGGACGAGGCAGAGCGGGAGAAGCAGCAGUACAUGAAGGAGCUGCGGGAGUACCAGCAGUCAGAGGCCUACAAAAUGUGCACAGAGAAGAUCCAGGAGAAAAAGAUCAAAAAAGAGGACGUGGGCACGGUGGGUGUGAACACCCUACUCAACGGGCACCCGCACAAGGCUGGUGAGUGCAGCGACACCUUCUCCACCUUCGAUGUGCCCAUCUUCACCGAGGAGUUCUUGGACCAAAACAAGGCCCGGGAGGCCGAGCUGCGGCGCCUGCGCAAGAUGAACACGGAGUUUGAGGAGCAGAACGCCAUCCUGCAGAAGCACACCGAGAGCAUGAACUGCGCCAAGGAGAAGCUGGAGCAGGAGCUGGUGCAGGAGGAGAGGCAGACCCUGGCCCUGCAGCAGCAGCUCCAGUCUGUGCGACAGGCCCUCACUGCCAGCUUCGCCUCCCUCCCCAUCCCCGGCACUGGGGAGACCCCCACGCUGAGCACCCUGGACUUCUACAUGGCCAAACUGCACAGUGCCAUCGAGAGCAACCCCCUGCAGCACGAGCCGCUGGUGCUGCGUGUCAAGGAGAUCUUGUCCAGGAUUGCCAGGUGGGUGGCACAGGUGUCCCCAUGGCACUGCAGGGCUGAGCUCCAGCUGCUGGUGAUGAGCAGGAAAGGUGUGGACAGGGAUGGGCAGAGAUGGUGCAGCUGCUCCAGGGAGCUGUGGGAGAGGGAAGCCCAGUCCCUGAAUUCAGGAGGUGUCCCCAUGUCCAAAGAUGCUGAUCUGUUGGAGCAAGUCCAGGGAAGCCCAUGGAGAUGCUGCCAGGGCUGGAGCCCCUCUGCUCUGGAGCCAGCCUGG